AUGACCACCCCUCAGCCACCUUCUGUGCCCCCUCCCUCCCUUCUCCAUGACCACAGUACAGCCAUUUCCCACCGCCCACUUCAAGUAAACUCUGCCCCUGUUUCCUCCUUGCAACCCACCUCCUUGGCCCCCUCUUCCAUUGCUACAAAAGGAGUUGUAAGGGCAGAGACGGAGCAACACCAGCGCAGUGUGAAGGCAGGGACUGCAACCCACCAUGAAGACGUCACCAACGACCACAGCACGACGAUGACCAAGGCAUUAGGAUCCCAAUGGCACAAUGACGACCCCGGUGCAAGGGCAAGCACGGUGCAGAGGCAAGCACAACACACCGUGAGGCUAGCGGAAGCAUAA